GCUGUGGUUAGAAAAUCUGCAAAAGUGACUUUCCGUGUAAAUCAAACUCUAAUGAAAUCAGAGUUAGAAAAACCAUGGAAGAAAAAUCUUUUCAAAAGAGUGGAGGCAAGAUCUCAGGCAAUGCAACGGAAAAUAAUAGAUAAGGAUAAUCUGAAGAAGGAACUAGAAAAAAAGGUUGAAAAAAAACUCCCUAAGGAUUAUUUGGCCAAAGAGUGGUUUAAUACUGAAAACAUGACACUGAGUACUCGCGCAUAUUUACUUGACAAACUUCUACCCACCUUAGUUCCUGGAAUGGAAAAAAUGUUAAUGCAAGUGGAAAAGAAGAAGCUUUUUGAAGUAGUUUGAUUAGUCCAAUAAAGUUUGAUCCAAUUAAUUACUUAGGGGAAUACUUAAUGAGAAACAAUCCUAAUUAUGUCAAAGAUCCAGAAACGUCUGGUUAUCAGAGGGUGAUGAGAGAAGUCACAGAAGAUCUGAAGGUUCAUGUUCCUGAUACUAUCAGCAACAGAGUAUCCAAGAUGAAGGAGAAAGUUAAACAGAAACGAGAACAGAGGGAAUCCAUAAACAAAGUCAAAAUCAAGGUGACUAACACACGGAAACAGGCUCUGCAGGAACAGUUCAAUGAAUGGAUUCUAGACCCCAAAGGCAUGAUUCCCAUGGCAGUAUUGCAGAUUCAGAAUGUUCUUCAUGAUUUUUUUCAAAAUUCAGAUCUCCAGCCUGAACCAUAUUGCAAAGAAUUGGAUAUUACUGACUCAAUGGAACAAAGAUUCAACAAAGAGGAAUUUACUGAAUACAUCUCUUCUCAUGUUGCAGAUUUUAAAAGUGAAAUGUUUGAGGAAUUCCUUAAGCACCUUUGCCACAGUGCAGAUGAAUUCCGAGAGGCCAUAAAAACUGACAUGCGGAGACAGAUGUUUGCUGAACUCUUCCUGCAUUGUGACAGUGGGAAGGUAGGGUUUUUGGAUCGGCAGAGGACAUUGGCCUUGCUGGAAGCAUUCUAUGACGAAAGUCCAAAAAUGCUUAGGAGGUUACUCCGAAACCCAAGACAAUGGCCUUUCAUUGAAUUUGAAGAGAUAGACUUGCCUGAGUUCUGGGGAGACAUGGAUAAUCAGAAACACAUUUAUGAAGAUUAUGACGAAGUGUUCUUAGAGAUGAGAACAUUAUUUUCUAAAAGACAUGCUAGCAAAACCCAAAGCAAAGAGUUAGAAAAUCAAGACGAUCAACAUAAACAUGAUGAGCAGACAACACCAAGCCCACCAGAACAGCAGAGAGGGACAACUGCAAAAGACCCACAUGGAAUUUCAACUAAAGAACAAGAACAAGGCAGAGAGUCAACUGCAGACCAAGAACUUUGCAGAACAUCAGUAACAGAGCAAGGAACCCACAUGAGGUCAAUUGCAGAACAAGGAUCAAGUAGAGAGUCAAUAGUAGAACAAGGACCACACAGAGAAUCAGUAACAGCUCAAGGACAGUACAAAGAUUCAAUGACACAACUAGGACCACACAGAGGAUCAACUGGAGAACAAGGAUCACACAGAGAAUCAAUAAUAAAAGAACCACACAGAGGGUCAUCAUCAGAACAAGGAUCACGCAGAGUGUCAAUAAUAGAACAAGGACCACACAAAGGUUCAGUUGCAGAAGGAGGGUCAAGAAGAGAGUCGAUUGCAGAACAAGGAUCAAGAAGAGCAUCAUUAAUAGAACAAGGAUCACACAGAGGGUCCAUUGCAGAACAAGGACCACCUAUGGAGGCAAUUCCAGAAAAACAACAGGUUGUAGGCUUAUCUUCAGAAUCAAGAAAAUGUAGUAUCUUAUGAGAAAGUACAAAAUCUUGGGAGGCUACUCUCACUGAAUACAUUGUAAUCUCUCCACAGGAAGAGAGGAUCCAGGGGCAAACAUAUGAAAAUGAACUAGUCAUAAGUCCUGAACUGCAAGAGGAAGUUCCAACAUCAAAUAGAAAAGAUCAUCUUUCAGAAACUGCAAAAACAGAAAUUAAGAAAGAUAAAUUCUGUGAACCAAAGACCCAAAAUAUAGAAGGAAAGCCAUGGUCAGGAGAAUUUUUGACUUGUAACUGGAAGAUGAUGUAUGCCAAAUUUGAAGAUGAGGAACAGGCAAACUUAAUCUAUGAAAACUCCAGGUUCAGAGAUCUACACCCAAUUAUCAGAAAUAUUCAGUCUUACAAGGAAGGAAAAGACAGGAAUGCCUUUAAUGGAAUUUCCUUCCAUCUGCUCCAGUUUGUACAACUCUUGGAGACAUUUGUUGGUGAAGAUACUCCCUUGACUGUCAGUGAGACCCUCAGCUCCUUUUUUAAGAGGGGCUAUGUUGAAACGAAAGAAGAGAAAAUGAGUGGCUUAGAACAGGUUAGACAAAAUGCUUGCCAGGUCCGACAGGGGCUUCUCCUAGAAGCCCUUUUUCAGAAGUGGGACAGUGAUGGCUCAGGCUUCUUGGAUGUGAAGGAAGUUGAUGAACUCUUAUACACAUACAAAGAGGGAAUGGAAAAAGAAUCUAUGAAGAAAGCUAAACUACAUAUCCAAUUUCCAAAGCCACACCCUGGUCAUGAAGUGAGGUUGUCUUUGAAACAGUUUCAGAAAUACAUAGAGUUGGUUGUAUCUGAACUCAGAGGCAAUGAAGAUCAAGUUCUGGAAAGUGUUGUGGAGUUUCUGAUGAAUUCUUUAGAGAGGAGCCAGAUUGAGAGUCUGAGAAAUCGUGCCAGACGGAAGUGGCUCCAUCAAAUCCAACAUGCUGCAGAGACCAGUGGGGUAUCCCUAGAACCAGUGUACACUGAGACCUUUAAGGCCCUCACCCAGGAUGCUGAAGCCCAUGGAAAUAAGAAGAUUAGUGCUCACAUUUCCCUCUUAGAAGAAAACCUGCUACUGCCUGAUAGAGGGAAUGUUCUAUUGAGGAAUGUGGCUUGUACGUUAGAUGAUGCUCCAUUCAUACUGAACAGAGUGCUCUACAGAGACAUGGAAGGAAUUAGCUUUACAGUAGUGGACGAAGGGAAGCCAAUCCAUGUCCCCCAAGUUCAGCACCAUGGAAACAUCUUCUUCUGGAACCAUUCCCGAAAGAAGGAUGAUUGUAAUGGUUCAUUUCUGGCUCUGCCUCUUCAGGAUGCAUAUAAGAGGAUCUUUGGGGUCCUUGCUAUAGACACUCUAAGAGAUCCCCGGGAAAUAAACAUCUUCCUGCCACAUGAGAUCAGAUUCUAUCAGGGUGUUGCCAACGUCUUUAGCACUGCCUAUCACUAUGUCCACAGCCGGGAGCACAUCCUGCAUGUUGUGAUCACAGGCAUUGGCUGGCUGCACAGCUUCACACCCAGCAUCCACACCAUCACUACGUACUUUGUUGAGUGUGGCCCAGGCCAGGAUUCAGACUAUGUUUUACGCAAUAUGAUGGUUACAGGCUUCCUGGGUCUAACAAAAAUCCACACAAAUCCCCCUACCAUCUUCAGGAAGUCAUGCAUCUUCAGAGAUUUCCUCUUUAAGUGUGUGGACAGUUCAGAAGUUAUUUUGGCCUCUGCCUGUGGAGAAACCCACAUAGUAAUUCCACUUCGUGAGAGAACAGGAAAGGCUCUGGGAGUCCUCGAUUUUAACAUUGGCCAGAAUAGGAUGUUAUUGUAUCAAGAAUAUAAAGAUCUACAGAAAAUGAUGAAGGUGGUACAAGCUGCCUGCUAUGAAAUACUGGGCGAAUUCUCUGGAGAGAUCAAGAAAAAAUAUGUCUUAGAGAUUGAAAAUGUAGGGGAAGUCCAGCGGGCAGGAAUUAUUUUCUUCCGAGUCAUGCUGCAGGAGCUGCAGAAAAGCAUCCAGUUGCUUGACUCCAAGGAUUUUGUGUCGCUGUUGCUCUAUGCCUGUGAUCCUGUAGAAGAGCCAAAACCUCCUGAAGACUUAACUGGCCAGUUCCAGGACUUGGAAGCCAACACACACCUAGUGCAUGACAUUCUGAUGGGGGUUAUCUUGUUCUUUCAUCCAGAGUUGGAAUUAUUUGAGGAUUGGGCUAAGUAUAAACUGCAUAUUAACAGACAAUUAGUGGAGAAUAUCUGCACCUUUGAUCCAACUGCUAGCCAUGUGGAAGUUAAUUUAAAGCUCAUUGAUGGAUAUAUCAGAGCUCAUUCCCGAAUUGAAGUAUGGAAAUUGGGUAACUCUGCCAUUGAAUACCUAUACCACUGGGCACAUAUCUGUUCAGCUCUAAUGGAACUAAAGAAAAAAUUAAAUGUUACACCCCCGUUGCCCUCCAAGACUGACUCUUACAUGUAUGCAAAAAUGCCAGGGGAAAGCUUGCUAGGGAAAUACUAAUGGAAUUGAUACUGUGAUAUACGUUAGUCAUGUUCAGUUUCAUUUGUUCUUUAAAAUAUUUUCAGUUGGAAAGGAAUGUCACAUAGAAAUAUUUUGCUCCUAGACAUUUACUUGAGCACCUUCUAAAACCAAACAUGCUAAGGAGAAAUUUGAUCUAAAAUGUAUCCAGUUUAAAGCAAUCCUAAUCAAAUGUAUUUAUGUAUGUUAAAGAAUAUAUUUAACAGAUACCCUUUAGCUUGAGUUUUGUAUCUACUAGGGGCCUGCUAUGGCUGAUUGGAUAAAGUUAUUUGGAGUCUUUUAAGAGAAAAGGUUAAAAAAAAGAGAGAGAGAAAAG